AUGCCAGCGGAGUUUUCUGUACCAUACCGGUCACCGAGAAGUACCAAGACUUCCUACAGGAAACCACCGGAUAUCUGCCUUCGCCUUGGAAAGUUGAGCAUCACCGAGCGGAUCGGCGGUGUCCUUCGAGUCGACUUCGUUCAGUCGAUCGAAGAUUUACUUCAAGACUCACCUGGAGUCAGAGAAGGCUGCGAUAGUCAAUUUUCGGCGCCUCUGGUGGCAUGGUUCAAGCCUCAUAGCGUACUACCUCUGGAUCAACUGUUUUCACAAAGUGGCGUCACGCCAGAAGCUUUCCCACUGUCGGAGCUGCAGGAACAAAAACUCAUCAACCAGUAUUUUGUUGCAGUGCAUCCGAUAUGUCCGUUGGUGUCCAUGGUUGAUCUAGAGGAUGGCGCCAUCUUAGGUACCGCCCUCCGAGCGGCUGUAUUCUAUGCAGCUGCUGUAAGCUUCCCAUUACUGCAAAGUCAAAGGUCAUUUGGCAUUACGAAGGACGCUCUAGUCAACAAGCUGAAGGCUCUAGCGGAAGCAGAAAUCUGCAAGGCUGAUAUCUUGAGCUGCCUAGACUUGCAAAUUUUUCAAGUCGUCCUUGUUUAUCUGACCCCACAACUACUAACAGAAGUUUCUCGUUCACAUUCUGUGUUUAUCGGAACGGUAAUUCGACAUUUCCAGAUUGCUGGAUUCGAUCGAGAAUGUGCUACAGAUACCAGCUUAGAGAGACAAACUAAGCGACACCUUUGGCAGCAUCUCUUGUUUCUCAAUAUUCGAGCAGUGGAGGCGGUCGGGCCAGAGCAUACUGUUGUAGAUGAUCCGUCAUCCUUACUCCCUGAACACGAUGAAUUCGUCCUACCACACUCAUCAGGUGCAUCAAACCCCACUUAUAUUCUUGCCUUGGUCCGUUAUGAAUGCUACAGAAUCCAUCGAUGGAUAUUUCGAAAACGGGCACCUUUGAAGAGAGGCGAGAUUUCGCUGCAAUCACUUCUGGCUGAGCUCAAUCAAGCUACUAUGAGCAUAUACGCGCGAUACAUUGAUCAUCUGAACGAUAAUAUUCCUAUCCAGAAGUAUGCCUCCCUAGUAGGAAAGCUUUUGCUUGCUCGAGCAGAAGGGAUGCUUUUGGGGUCGCAACGCCACAAAUGGGAGUAUCCAGAGACUGCAUUGGGUCUCAGAGACAGGGUCAUCAGGUCAUGCCUCGACGUACUCGAGACAGCCGUAACAAUCGAGACAGAUCCGGAGCUCUCACAAUGGGCAUGGUACGCAGGAGCAUAUCAGCAAUAUCACAGCAUGCUCUUCCCACUUGCCGCGCUGCACCAAGCGCCUCAUCUCCCCGACGCAGACAGAAUCAUGGCCAUGGCAGACCACGUGUUUGGACCCUCUCCGACAACUUCACCCAGAGAGCGCAGUCAGAUGAUCCUCCGAGCCAUAAAGAACAACAUGGCUGCCUUCCUCGCGACCAUUGACCCGACGCGCCCGGACAUUGCACAUCUCCACGCACCCCUUCCGUUUCAGCCCCCAAAUUCACGAAACAACAGCCACCCAGACCUCGUCCACCAACCCUCCACUACAUGCGUAAUGGAGAGCGCCACACGGGCAGCAGCCAUUCAACAUGCCAUGAUAGACGAUCAGCAAUACUUCUACAACAGCAACAACUUCUUCAACGUCAGCCCGCCGGCACUGGACGGUGUCGGGGCCGAUGCCUGGUGGAAAUGGCCUCCUCAGAUGGAUCAGGACGAGCUAUUCCGGGAGCUCAACAUUUUCUAA